AUGAGUAUCAUAAAAGAAAUUAAAAUUGAAAAUAAUUUAUCUAGUGUUAUUAAUAAAAUAAAGAAUAUGGAUAAAUAUAAUGACAAUAUAUAUGACAAAAUUUCAAGCUCAUGUUCUAUAUAUAUAGAAAAACUAUUUACAGAGACAUAUUUAGAUAUAGACAAAUCAAUAACAUUAUUAAAUGAAUUAUUAAUAAAAGAAGUAAAAUAUUUAUUAUUAACUAAUAAUGAUAUAAUAUCAGAAAUAAGUAGAAAUAAUGAAAAGAAUUUUCGAAAACAUUUAGUCAAUAAAUUAUAUGAAGAAUUUUUACAACAAGAACAAAGAGAAGUAGAUGAAGAAGAACGUGGAUUAUUAUAUAUUAACAAAAUAGAUAUGGCAAAUAAAUUAAGACAAAUAUUAGAUUUAUAUUCAAUGGAACAACCUGAAGCACAAGAAAUUAUACUUAGUUUAAUACAAAUAGAUACAUCUAAAAUAAUUAUUGAUCAUAAAUCAAUAAAUAAAAAUUUUGAUCUUAUAUUAAAUUCUAAAAAUCCAUAUUCUCUCUUAAGACAAUUCUUUAAUAGGAAUGAAGAAAUUAUAAAUGACUCAUUUUUAAGAAAAUAUUGGUUCUGUUUAAAAAAUUUACAUUUAUAUCAUAAAACAUAUAACAACCAUGUAUUAUCUAUAUUAGGAGAUGAAUUUAAAAAUAGUAUCAUUCAAUAUAUACAAAAUAUUAUAUGUAAUAAAAAACAAAUAUCUAUUAACAAUAAUCAAGAAAGUUAUUUUCUUAAUAGAUAUUAUUAUUUUGAUACUUUUAUUGCUCUGGUUAUAUCUAAAGUGCAUAAUACGAAAGUUUCUAUAUUAAAUGAAAAUGGUAUACUUAUAUCUAUUCAUAUGAAUACAUUACCAAAUAAAUAUAUUCAAUUAGUAUCAACAAAGUAUUUUUCUAACACAUUAAUAUCUAAUAGAUUAUAUGAUGAUCUAACAUAUUUAUUAGUUAGCGAUCAUUUUUCUGUUCAUCAAUAUAUAACUAGUUUUGAAAUAUCACAUACUUAUCUGGAUAAUGUAGAAAUAAAUUCUAACGAAAAUAAUUAUAACAUCACAAAUGAAAACAUUAAUAUAAGCCCCCUUUCGUCACAAGAAAAUGAUGAUAUCGAAAAUUGUAUCAACAAUGAUAUUAAUACACUUGCAGAAGAACAACAAAAUAAUAAAGUUAAAUAUUAUAAAUCAUUAAAGGAUAUUUUAUCUCAUUAUAAAAAACUUAAUUCAUUUAAUAAAGAAAGUAUUUAUCUCUUACUACUUAAUAUAAUUAAAGGUAAUUUAACAAAUUUAAGUUUAUUAUUUUCAUUAGAAAUACUUAAUUAUCUUGAUACAUAUUGUGAUGAUUAUCUUGAAGAUAAACCAGAAAUUGAUGAAACAGAUGUUGAUUAUAUAGAAUAUAUAAAUAAAAAGAAAAAAAUGAAAACAAACAAAAGAUUCAAAAAUAAACAUAAAAGAAAAAAUUUGACAUUCCAUUUUUAUUAUUAUGACACACCAGAAGAAGAUAACAUUUCAAAUAAUAUUAUGGAAAAUACUAAUCCUAAUAGUAUAUAUGAUAAUGACGUAUUGAAAAAAUUAUACAAUGAUAUUGAUGAUAACAAUAUAUCACAUUCUCCAUCUAAUGAUAUGCAAAAAUUAAUGAAAGAGGAAAAUAAUGAAAUGAAAAAAUUAUCACAUAAUGAUAACAAUGAAUUAUUAUUUACUAAUACAUCAAAUAGUAUACAACCUGAUGUUGCUAAGUUAUUAAAUAAUGAAAUUAAAAUAUCUUCAUUAGAUACAUUAAAUGAAUCUAAUAAAAAAAUAUCAAAUGAAAAUUCUUAUAAUACAUUAUAUAACUCUAUAACAACAAACAAAUCAUCUCAUGAUUUAAAUAAAACUUUGUUAGAUAAUCCAGAUUUAACAUAUGAUAGUAUAACAAAAUUAAAAUCGGAAAAUAUAUCUAAUGCAGAACAUCCUAAUAAUUUAGUACAAAAAAUGCAGGAUCCUAUAUUUAAGGAUGAAAAGAAAAAUGAAAAUGGUGAUAAAUAUAUCUUUCUUCAAAAUAAAUCGGAGUUUAUAAAUAAGUAUACAGAUGAUACAAAAAAGGACACAUUGAUAGAAAAUGGAACUGAUAUGUAUGGUAAUAUUGGUAGUUGGGAUAAUAUCGCUAUUUCAAAAAAUGAUCAUCAAUAUAAAAAUCAUCAUCAAUAUAAAAAUCAUCAUUCAUAUCAAAAUGAUAAUCCAUAUCAAAAUAAUGAUAGUAUUAAACGUUAUAAUAAUUCUAAACAUCAUAAUAUUGAUGAUAACAUAGUUAAUUUUCUGAACAUAUCAGGUGAUGAUGAAUCUGAUAAAACAAAAAGAAUUCCAAAAGGUAAAAGUAAACAAAACGAUAUAUUAACAAAUAGUAAAAAUCAUAAGGACAGACAUGAUAAAAAAGGAAAUGAAGAUAAUUAUAUUUCUAUGAACGAUUUAAUGUUAAAUUCGAAAUAUUUUAAAAACUUAUGUAAAAAGAAAAAAAUGAUGGAAAAGGAAAAAAUUAAAAGUAUUAGAGAAUUAAAAAAUGAUCUACUAAAAGCUAAAUAUAUAAUGUUUAAUAAAAAAUCUUUAUUUUUAAAUGAACAAAUUUUAAGAAAUAUUUUUGAAUCAACAUUUUUUGAUACUAAACAAAUGAAAAAUUCUAUAAUACAAAUUAUUUCUUCAUAUGAAAUAGGAAAUUUAUCUGAUAUCUUAAAUAUUAAUAUGAGUAAUAUAAACUUUCAUUUUUAUAAAUUAAAAAAUGUAUUUCUCAGUAAAAAAAAAACACUUAAUUAUUUUAAAUUAAAUACAAAUCAAUAUGUCAUUCAUAAAAUUGAAAACAAAUUAUAUUCAGUAUUUACUCUUGUUUGGAUACAUUAUACAAAUUAUUUAAGAAAAAUAUUAGAUAUCUUUUCAACCAAAGAAUUAGAUUUAUUAGCUCAAAAAUAUUAUCAACUAAUUCAUACAAAUCAAGAUGAAUAUAAUCUCAUUCUACUUAAUACGUAUGGAUUUACUCAUGUAUUUAUGAUGUAUAUAUUAUUAACUUAUAUAGGAAAAAAUGUCUAUUUUAUAACUUCAAACAAAACAAUACAUAUAAAACAUGAAGUACUAGAUAAUCAUAAUUCUAUAAAUAUAAUACAAGCAUGUGAUGGUUCUUAUAUUAUAAAUACGAAUAAAUGUGUAUCCGAUAUUUUAAGUAAAAAUAUUGGGGCUAAUAGGAAAAUUAAUGUGGGAUAUGACUUGAAUUUAUAUACAAUACCGACAAUUGAUAAAAAUAUACCCAAUAUAAAUAAUAAAACAGAACUAGAUAGUGAAAAUAUAAUUUCCCUAUCCAAAAAAAGUAUAGAUCAUACUCUAUCGUCUAUAGAUUAUGGUAUCAUAUCUCAUAAUAUGCAAGAAAAAAAAGACACUGAACAUUUUAACUUUCUCACCAUUUAUAGAAAUGAAAAUGCCUAUAACAUAAAUCAAAUUCCAUCAUUAAUAACAGCUAUUUUAUGCGGCAAAAACUAUGAUAGGUAUAAGAUAAAAAAAUGUAUCAAAGAUGACAAUAUAUUUUCUUCCUUCAGUAAAAAAUUAAAUAUUAUUAUACAAAAGUUUUAUGAUAAUAAUACAAAUUUUAAGAAUAUUUCUCUUUUAUCUAAAAAAGAUAUCAAACAAAAUGUUUUUAUCAACUUUUAUGAAAAUGAAAAAAUACUUUUGAGAACAUUGGUGGCAUAUAUAUACAACGUGUUAGAAGAUAUGGACGAUUUGCAUAAAGAAAAAGAAAUAAGACAUCAUCUUUCUUUUGUCUAUAAUAUUAUAAAAUUGUAUAUACUAAAAAAUAAAACUGAAGAUUAUACAUAUCAUGUAUAUUUGCAUUCAUUAGAGGAAAUAAUUUUUAAGUAUAAGUUGUAUAGCGAAAAAUUAUUUGAAAUUCUUAAACAUUUAAAAAUUAAACAUGAAGAUAACCAAGAAUAUAUGGAUGUACUAGAAAUUAUAUCACUAAUAUUUUAUGGCAUGAAAAUAAAAGAUCUUGCAAAAUAUAAAAGAGAAAAUAUACCCCAAAUGAAUUCUGAAAUAUUAACAUUAGAUUUAAUUGAUAUAAUAAAUAUUAUGAUAUUUUUUAACAAUUUUUUGAAUAAAAUAAAUAAAACAGAAGAAAUGAAAUUUAUAAUUGACAAGGAAAGAAUUAUAGAAUUACAUAUUGUAGAAAUUAAAAACAUUAUACAAAGAAUUAUAGAUUCACAUCCUAAUUAUUUUUAUGAUGUUAUAGAUAAACAAAUUGAAGAUACUAUAAGAGAUAUAUUGUUAAAGAAAAUGAAAUAUGUAUUUAUUCAAUAUAAGAAUUUUAUUGAAGAUGAUUUAAAAGAAUUUUCAUUUAAAUUUUAUGAUAAUAUAAAAAAUGAAAAGUCUUUCUUAAUAAUUCAAGAACCUAAUACUUAUAAUUAUCCUAUUGAUAUUUCUUAUACAAAGGUAGAAAAUUUUGAGCAGAUUUUCUUUUUAGAUUUAAUAGAAUAUUCAUAUUUAAAUUAUACUAGUUCGAAUUUAAAUACAAUAAAUAAUAAUAAUAAUAAUAAUGAGAAAAAAAAACAAAAUCAAAAAUAUAAGAAUCACAAUUAUAGUAAAGAUAAUAUUUUAGAUCUCUAUGAACACGUAAGUAUGAUCAGUUUAUUAUAUCACACAUUUAAUAUACCUAAGGAGUAUAAUGACAAAUUGUUUGAAGAAAUUUAUAGUUUUGCUCAAUCAGGGUCAGCAUCAAAAUCAUUUGUUAAAAAAGGUCAUCUAUGGGCCCAAAACGUUACCGACAAAACAUACGAUAAUCUACGUUUGAUAAAUUUACAAAGACAUCUCCGAUAUUUUUUUGAAAGCUCCGAUAUUGAUCAACUGAUAAAUUAUAUGUUGAAUUAUGAAAAAAUCAAAAUAAAUGUAAGAAAUCAAGAAGAAACAUAUAAAGAGAAAUAUAAUAGUUUAUAUAUAUGUAUAAAAGAACAAUGGUUAUAUAAAUAUCAUGUUAAAAAAAGAAAAUACUUUUUAUCUAACAUUGAUAUAGAAUUUCAUUUAAAUUCGCAUGAUAUAAAAUUAUGUCUAGAAAAAUAUAAAAAUCACGAUAAUUCAAACAAUAAGAUAUAUUCUGAAAAAUAUUUACAUUUGAAUACAUUAACAAAUAUUAUGCUAAAUAUAUUAGCAUAUGAAUUACAUAAUAUUUAUAAAACUGAAAAAAAGCUUCAUUCCAUAUUUUCACUUAUGAAUAUGGAAUCCAGUGAUAUAAAUAAUAAAAUACAUAUUAACAUUAACAAAAUAUUAACUACAAAACAGAAAAUUGCACUCUUCUAUUAUUCGUCUAAUGUAUUAAUACAUGUCAUAGAAAUAUUAAGUCAAUAUUUUAAAAAAAAUAUACUAUAUUUCUCAGAAAUAAAAAAUGAAGGCAUAUAUGAGAUACACUCAUUUUUAAUGCAAAAGGAAAAACCUGAAGAGAAAAUUAUCAUAUUAAAAGAAGCAAAUGUUUUCAAGGUCUACAAUCCGGAUAAUAAAAUAUUUAAGAAUGAUAUGAAUCAUUUAAUGGAAACAAGCAUUACUCUAUCAUGUUAUCACGAACUAAUGAAGAAAAAUCUAUACCUUGAAAAUUUAGUAAGAAUAUACACAAACAAGGAUGAUGUUUCACAAGAAGACAUUCAACAGAUUAUAAAAAAUUUUUCCUUUGAAAAGAAUUAUGAAAAUAUAAAAGAAAUGACAAAAGAAUUAUUAGACCGUAAUGAUAUAAAUACAUUUAAAAAAUCAUACUUAACUAAUAUUAUGGAUCUAAAAAUUGAACAGAUAAAAAAUGAAACAAUAAAAAGAAAAUAUAUUAAUAUUUUAUAUAAUGAAAUAUUUUCUCUCCUCCUUUUUGAACCAUAUAAUGAUAUAGACAAUUUAUUGAAUGGUUUAUUUUUAUGUGAUAAAGGUCUUCUAGAAUGGUUAAAUAUUUCUUUAUCUGAAGCAAAAAUAGAUUCAAGUAUUUAUGAUAAUUUACACAUAUUUAUUUACACCUUAAAAUAUAUGAUAAAAAAAAUAAAACAUAUAAUUAAUAUAGAAUUUUUGGAGAAACAACAACUAGAAGGAGAAUCCAUACAAUUAUUUAAAAAAAAAGAUAAAGAUGAAAAUGAAAAUGAAAAUGAAAAAAUACAAAAUAUCGAUUUUAAUGAAAUAUUCCCUAAUUUUUUAAAAGAAAAAAUAAAAAACAAAAAUAACAAUAUUUUAUCAUAUUUUAAAUGGUUAGAAGAAUUUAAAAUUGAUAAGAAUGCCAAAUUACAAAUAUUAGAAGAUAUGGAAAAUUAUAAAUUUUCUAUAAUGUCAUCAAAUGAUGAACCUGACUAUAAUUUUUUAUCUUUAAUUGGAUUAGCUCAUUCAUAUAUUCAAAAUUUCGAACAAUUAAAGUUAGGAAUGUAUCCUACCAUAACAUAUAAUAGUGUUGCUACAUUGAACAAAUUAUAUAACUUAUAUUUUGUCAAUGAAUUAAUGGAUUUUGUCAAUAUAUUAAUAAAUCAUAUAUUAAACAUAUAUAAAAAAUUUUUUUAUAAAAGAAAAGAGUUUUUUAAAGAAGCUAACGUUCAGUUAAGUGUCAGACGAAAGAAAGAAUUUGCGAAUCUUAUUUUAUAUAACAAAAAUUUUGAUGAUCAAAUAAUAAAUGAGAAAUAUGAAAAGAAAAAUAAUACAAUGAAAGAUAAAGACGUUAUUAAAAGUAAAGAAAUAAAUAAGGAGGAUAAACAAAAUACAGAAAAUAAUACAAACAAUAAUAACCUUGAAUAUAUCAAGUUUGAUGAAUAUAAUUGGAUGAGAGAAAAAUCUAACACUGAUAUUCAUACAUAUCAUUUGGAUUAUUUAUUCAAAAAUAUAUAUUCUUUCUUUUAUUCCAUACUAGAAUGUGAAAAGUAUGAAAAAUGCUUUUUUCAUAAAAAUGAUUACGUAAGAAAUGUUCUCAAGAAAUAUCUUAAGAAGACAUCAUUUAAUAAAAAUAUGAUAUGGAUAAUACCAAUAUUGUCAUAUUAUUUUAAUAAACCAUUGACAGUACUCUAUAUGAAAGAUGAACAUCAUAUAUAUAUGUAUAAAUAUCAAGAAGAAAGUGAAAUAAAAUUUAGUAUUCAAAUAUUAGUUGAAGAAGGAAACAAAAUGUAUUUAAUUUUACCAACAUAUUUUCUCUAUAUAAAUGUUUUGAAUAUUAUUACAAACAUGUUAAUACAAAAUGAACACAUAUAUAAAAGGAAAUUAUAUGAAGGAAAAACAAAUGAAAGGAAUAAAAAUAUAGAGGGACAAAAAGAAGAAUCGAAGGGUAUAGACAAUAAUAAUGAUAUAAAAAAAGAAAGCAUAAUAUUAGACCAUCAUAAUAUGAAUAACGAAAAAAGUAUUAAACAUAUCUAUUCAAGUAAUCAUUCAUGCGAUAUAGCAUUAGAUUUAAACAUAACAAAUAAUAUCCUUUCUGAUAAUUAUUAUAAAAAAAUGUUUGAAAUAAUAUUAGAAAAAAUCCAUUUAUAUGCAACAAAAAAAAUAAAUAUAUACACAUUACUUAUAUCGAUAAGAGAAGAUAUAUCAAAUUUUAAAUAUGUAAUAUAUUAUAACAAUUUUAAAAAGUUCAUGAAAAUAAUGGAUAGUUUUUUUCUUUUACUUAAUUCGAAGAUGAAUAUAAAUAUCGAAUUUUCAUUUGAUGAAAUUAUGAACACUCCAUACAUGGUAGUAAAAGGUUCUAUUAAUAAUGUUAUAAAUUUUAUAGAAAAAGAAAAUUAUGGUAUCUUCGGAAUAAAAAUAAAAAAAUUUUAUACAUUUAUAUUAGAUCAUUAUGAUAGUAAGAAAUAUUACAAUAAUACAUUCUUAAAAUUAUUAGACUUUUUAUUGAAUGCUAUAAAUAAUGAAAUUGAUUACCAAAAUAAAAAUAUAAAAAAUAUCCAACCUAAUACGGAAAUGUAUAUAAAAAAAAUGGAAUAUAUUGAAAAGUUGAAAAUACUAGAAUCAUAUAUAAAUUGUGAGCAUAUUAAAGUUAUAAGAAAUAUGAUGAAAUAUGUUGAAAUAAAUUUACACAAUAUAAUUAAUUUUGUAGUAUUUAAAAGUAAAAAUAACCUUAAUAAUGAAAAUAAUUAUAUCAAUAAUAUUCAUAUAAAAAAUUAUAGCAACAAUAAUAUUUAUCAUAAUAAUAAUAAUAAUACCCUUUUUAGUUACAUAAAUAAUUAUAACAUUAAAAAUAAUAUUAACAAAAACGAUAUUUUAUAUGAAUGUUGUUCGAUAUAUGAUUAUAAUGAAUUAGGAGCUACCAAAUUAACCUUAAAAUAUUUUAAUGAACUAGAAAAGAAUUUUAUUAAAAUCAACGAUUUUCUGAAUGUUUUAGAAAAAUUAUCUAAUGAAGAACUUAAUUAUGAUGAAUGGUAUUCUAUUGCUUCUAAAAUACAUAUAGAUUAUUUCAAUAAUUUAGAAUUAUUUUAUUUUCAUUAUAUAAAUGAAAAAUUAUUUUGGAUAGAUGGUUCUAUAUUAUUUACAGAUAAAAUUGUUAAAUAUUUAAAAAAGAAAAAAUUAUACAUCUCUACAGAAGAUCUAGAAAAGUUAUAUAAUAACAAAUUAACAUAUAAUGAAUAUAAACAUAUAUUAUAUCAAUCUAAGAUUAUCAGUAAAGUAAAUAAAAAUGUAGAUAUCACAUAUAUAGACAAAGAAAAUUAUGCUAUGUCACUUAUUUGGUCUUUUUUUAACACAGAAAUUGUAAUUAAUGGUACUCAUGUAAAUUUUGAUGAUAUAUAUUAUAAAAUGGAAGAAUAUUAUGAGAAAAAUAAAAGUAAAAAUUUAAAAGAUACUUUAUAUGUACUAAACAAAAAUGAUAUAUAUCAUUUAUAUAAUUCAAUGAUAUUAUUCCAUCGAUUUAUAGAAUCUAUUGAUAAAAAAAUUUUCGAUAAAUAUAAAGCAUAUAAAAUUACUAAUAUGUUAUUUGAUGAGUUAAUGAAAAAAGGAAUAUAUAUAUCUGGAGAUUCUCAAAUUACCAAAGAAUAUAUUCAAUCUAUAUUUGAUUAUAAUCUUUGGAAGAAAGAGAUACAAAAUGUAAAAAUAAGUAAUAAUAAUAUAAGAACAUUAGUAUCUAUAAAAUAUAUUAAUUAUUUUAAAUUUUCUAUACUUAUUAAUUUAUUAAAUUUUUUAUCAAAUACAAAAUUAUAUAAUAGAAUCAUUAAUAUAAUAACAUAUAUGAUAUAUAGAAUAUUCAAAUUAGGAAAUACACAAAAUGAUAUAUUGAAAGUAAUAAAAACACAAGGAAUUCUUUUUGGUAGUAUAGAUGUAUUUAGACUUAUAUUAAUUAAAUUAAAUAUACCAUUAGAUGUAUUAUCAAUUGGGUUUACACUUCUUUUAAAAAAUUUAAAUUAUAUAACAGAAAAUUGUAUUAUUCAAGAUUUUAUAGAAAGUAUUGAUUUUAGAAGAUUCUUUUCGAAUUUAUUUUUUUUAUUACAUAAUUUUAUUGAACAAUAUUAUUUCAAAACCAUAUUAAAGUUAUUAUUAGGUUAUCCAUUUAUUGUAAAUUUUAUAAAAAAUAAUGAACAUAAAGUAAAAGAAAUCUUUAUACAUUUUAAAAAUUUCAUAUUAUUAAAUUUUGGUACAUAUAUUAAUUUUUUUCAACAUUUAUAUGAUAAUAUUGAAAAAAAAUUUAUAACGUAUCUAAAAUAUUAUAUAACCAAAUUUUUAAAUAAUCUAUUACCAUUUUCAACUGAUAUAAGUACAAAAAUAAUGUUAUUCCAAAAUGAUCAAAUGAGUUCAUUACAAUUUAUCGAAUUUACAGAUGAAGAAAAUAUAAUUCCUUUAUAUUACAAUAUAGUUAGUUUAAUACAACAUGAGCCAUUUAUUAAAGCAUUUAUGAAAAAAUCACUUAUGGUUUAUUCAAAGAUUUUUUCUAAUACGAAUAGAAAAAUGCAAUUAUCCCGCUUACAGCUCAUUCAAAAUAUGUAUAAUAAAUGGUUAGAAGGGAAUACUUAUAAGGAAGCAAAAGGUUAUGAACAUAAUAAAACAACAAGAGAUCAAAAUAUAAACGACACAACAAAGCGUAGUUCUUCUUUUAUACAAACAUUAUACGUACCUAUAAAAAAGAGGCAAAAAAAAAACAUAAUGAAAGGGAAAAAAUAUUUUGUCUUUCCUUAUACUCAAAUGGAUUUGAAACCAUACAAUAAUAUAACAUAUCAAAAUGAGAAUAAACUAUUGGAUGAAUCAACAAAUAUUACUUACAUCAAUAAUACAAUUAAAAGGAAUAUUGAAUAUGUUCCAUUUAUAAAAAAUAAAAAAAAUAAUAACUAUAAAUAUGAUACACAUAAUAGUAAAGAUAAUGAAACAUAUAUUUCCAUUUAUCCCGUUUUAAAUAAAUUUGACCAAAAGAAAAGAAAUCAUUAUGAUGGUAAUAAUAAUAAUAAUAAUAAUAAUAGUAAUAAUAAUGAUGAUGAGUGGAAGAAAAAAUAUAUUUUUUUUGAAACGUCUAAUAUGUCACUCCUACAAAAUAAUAACACAAAUGAUAAAAUAAAAUUUUCUUAUACCCAAUUAUACAAUUAUCGAACAUUAAGUUGCUUAGAAAAAUUAUUUAUACAUGGUUUUCAACAUGUAGAAAAUAAUAAAGAAAUAGAAAAAAUAAGAACAAAUAAUAAUUCGAUGAUAACAUGUAGUGAUUUAUAUAAAGAAGAAUGGACAGAACAAAUAUAUAAUUUUUCAAUGAACAAAUUAUCUAUCAAAGAAAGACAUAUAUAUUCAUAUACUCAUAAUUUAAAAUUAAUCAUAAUGAAAGGAGAAAAAAAAAAUAUAAAAUGUGAAAUCUUUUUUAAACUAUAUCUUAAUAAUUCAAAUGAAUAUAAUUUAAAAAUUAGUAGAACAGAUAUAGUUAUAGUAGAUUUUAAUAUAUUUAGAAAAAACAAUGAAUUAUGUUUUCUAUACAUAAAUAAAUCACACCAAAAAAUACGUAAAUACAACAAAAUCAACAACAAUAAUAAUAGUAAUAGUAGUAGUAGUAGUAAUAGUAGUAGUAGUAGUAGUAGUAGUAGUAAUAAUAAUACGGAUUAUUCUUCAAUACAAAAUAAUACUCACUUUUGUUAUAAGGUAGAAAUGGUUCCCUUUUAUAAAACCAACAAUAUCACAAAAUAUCUAAAAGAUAUUUUUCAUCAUAUUGAUCAAAAAUAUCAUUAUGAUACACAAAAGAAAAAAAAUGAAGUAGGAGAAAUAUUAAAUGAUAUAGAUCCUAAUAAUAAUUUAUACAGUUAUCCUUUCAACAUUGUGGAUAAUAUGAAAAAUAAUAAUAAUAGUAAUAUAAAUGAUCAUCACGUUCAUAAUAUAGAGGAAAAAAUAAAUACUAAAAAAAUAAAACAUAUAAAAAAUAAAAAAAAUGAUUUUUCUUAUAAAAAUUAUAGAUCAAUGGAUAUUCCAAAAAAUAAUGAGAUGAAAAAGAAAAAUGUGUUAAAAAACUUUUUUGGAAAGAUUAAAGGAAAAAUAAAUAAGUUCAAAAGUAAUAUAAAAAAAAAAGAUUAUUAUCAAGAAUAUAAGAAAAUACAUGAAAUAAAAGAUAAAUUAUAUCCAAACCUUGAAAAACUUCAAGAUACCUUAAAAUAUUUAACUGAUAAAAAUAUUAUAAAUAAAUUAUUAGAAUUUGAAUAUUAUCAUUCCAAUAAAUGGUCUUCAGAUAUCUUUGGUGUUACUAUUCAAAAUAUGAAGGGAACCAACAGAAAUAUAAAAUUAAUAUUAGAAAUUGGGGAUUAUAAGUUAACAAAUUAUUAUGAAAUAAAUGUUAAUGAUAAAAAAAAUAUUCUAUCCCUACAAAAGCUAGAUACCUUUGUUAAAAAAAAUAAUUUGAAAAAUGGGGUAAUGCAAAAAUUGAGAAGAUAUAAAAAGCUACAUUUUAUAUUAAAGCAUUUGUUCUUUUUUAAAAAUGAAAUGAAAAAUGUUGAAUAUUUUAAAAUUGAAAGAAUAAUUACUGAUACAAGUGAAAAGGAUAGUAAUAAAGGAAAUUAUAAUAUAGAAGGUUCUAAUAUAAUAGAAAAAGAUAAUAUUGAAAUAAAACAUAAAAAAGAACAAGAAGAACAAGAAAAAAAAGAUAUACAACAACAAAAACAAGGACAAAGUCAAAAUAUCAUAGAAACAUAUAUGAAUACACAUUCUCAAAAAGAAGAAAAAAGCAAAAAUGAUACAUUGGAAUAUUUAAAAUUCACAUGGUAUAAUAAUAAUAAUAAUAAUAAUAUAUUACAAGAAAUUAUUUUACCAGUGAGAUCAUUACAUCAAUUAAAACUAAGCAAUUAUAAUGGUAAUGUUUUAUGUAAAUCAGAUGUUAAUAUUCAGAAUGUAUUAAAUUUUAUGAAAGAACAAAAUGAAAAUGAUAUACGUGAAGAUCCUAAAAAGGAUAUAAAAAAUGUUUAUCAUGAUGAUCCAUAUUUCAAAGACAUAAAUAAUUAUAAAUAUUCUAAUAACACUUUAGAUAGUUUUAAUAAACAGCAUAUUAAGAACAAUAUGAAUAAUCCAUCAUCUAAAAAAGAUAAUUAUGAAGAGAAAUAUUUUUCAGAUUAUAGAAAAUAUUUUCAUAAAAUAUAUCCAUUAAAUGAAGAAGAGAAAUUUAUAAUAAGAAAUAAAAUACAUCAUCAAUAUAUUUUAUAUAAAUAUAGACUUGCUAUGUUAUCUGUUAUUAUUAUAAAAACAAAUCACUUAACAAAUUUAAAAAGAAUGAAUAUAAUAACAAAUGAAUAUUUAAAAAAUAAACAUAAAUAUUAUAAAAACAUACAGUAUCAUCAAAAUCAAUUAUUUCAAAAGAAACAUGUAUAUAUACCAAAUAGACAAUAUAUAAUUAAAAAAAAAUUAGAAUGUAUCAUAAGUUUAGAUUAUUAUAAAUCACUAAAAAAAGCUUUACAAGAAAAUAAUGUACUAAACAACUUUUUAGAAGACUUAACUGUUGAAAUAAGUAAUAUUAAUAUGUUGUUUUAUAAAUAUUUUUAUACAGAUAAUUCAAAUAUCCAUUCAUCAAGUUUUUAUUUAGAUAAAUUGAAAAACAUAAAACAAUUAUGUCCAAUAAUAUAUAAAUUAAAAAAUCACGAAAAAUUUAAUCUAGAUGAUAUAUCAAAAGUUGAUGAUACCAUCAAAUUAAAUUUUAAUAAAAAAAUAGAAUAUGAUAUAAAAGAAUGUGAACAAAAAAUAGGAUUAUAUGGAAGUAAUAUUGCUUUUUUUGGAAAGGCUUUAGAUAAUUCUAUAGGAAAAAAAAAAAUUAAAAAUAUUGCCAUGUUUUCUUAUGAAUGUGAAAGAUCAAUUUUUUUUGAAAAAAAUUUAAAUGACUUGGAUGAUUAUCACAAAAACUUUUGUAUAAAUACAACAGAAAAUAUAAAUAAAAAUGAAAGUGCAGAACAAAAUGAUUAUUACAAUAAUACAUAUUUAAAACCUAUUAAUACAACUUGGUUUGAUAUGAUAUAUAAUACAUUUACAUCUAAUAAAACAUUUCAUUAUAAAGGGCAAAAAAAAUUUAGUGAAUUUAAAUGCUUUGGAUUUGCUGAUAGAGAUGAAUUAAAAGAAUAUGAAAAAAAAGAGGAUGCUAGAUGUAAAAUAACAAUAUUAAGUAAAACCCUUUUUGUUCUACAAAAUUUUAUAGAUAAAUAUUAUAUCUUAAAAAAUGAAGAAGGAAUACAUAAUGGUAAUGCAUAUAAUAUUUAUGUUUUAUAUAAAAAUAUUUAUACAGUUAUUAUAUAUAUGUUAAUGUAUGAAACCAGAAUAUUUAAACCUUUAAGAAUUCAACAAAAAUUAAAUAACAUAGGGAAGAAAUAUAGUAUGUUAUUAUAUACAAAAAAAAAUUAUUCCAACUAUUUAAAACUCAUGUUAGAAAAAACAAGUUCAUUAUAUUUAGAAAUAGAACUAUUAUAUAAUGAACAUGUAUUCUUAAGAAAUAUAUCCUUUCCUAAUGAUUCAGUAUAUAUAUUAAUGAAUGAACACAAACCUUUUAAUAAGGAUACAUAUGGAUAUAAAUUAUCUCAAAAUCCAUAUGAAAUAUGCAAUGAAGGAGAUGAUAAUACUAGAGUUUAUGCAUUUUUUGUUCUUAAUUUGUUAAGCUUUUAUCCAGAAAUUCAAAAAAGCUUAUUAUUAUCAUCACACAAUGAGGAUUUGAUUUAUAGUUUGUUAGAUAUAAAUAUACAACAAAUAAACGAACAAAUACAAAACAAAGAACAUUCUAAUGAUCAAAAGUAUUUUAAAACACCGAAUCAACAAACAAGUGAUCAACAAAAAAGCACCGAAGGUAUUACGCAAAUGGUUUUAAAGCCGUUGGAGGAUUUAUAUAAUUAUUUCUUUUCUAAAAAGAAGGAACAGGAAAAGACCGGCGAAAAUAAAGGGACAAUGAAAAUAUUAGAAGGUGGUACAGAAGGGGAGGAGAAAAUAUUAGCAGAUGAUCUAAAAUUCAAAUACAAUCUAACAAAACAAACAAAAGAAGGACAAAUGGAUAAAGAUCCAAAUAUAAAAAUAGAUAUGGAAAAUAAUUCGCCAAAUGUUUUAUUAGAAGAAUCAAAGAAAAAUUGUAAAAAUUUUGCAUAUUCUACCAAUUCGUAUGAAAUAAAUGAUUUUACGUGGAUGGAAAAAGACCAAAUAGAUGAAAUAAAAAGAUUAAUUGUAGAACAUGGAUUAGUAAAAUAUUUUAUAAAAGGAAUUCAUUUAAUGUAUUUACAAGUAUAUUUAAAAGAUAAUAAUUAUUUAGAAGCAUAUAAAGAAGCAUUAAAUAAAGAAUUAGAAAAAACAGAUUUUUAUAUGCAUUUUAUUAAAACAUCUCCACCUUUUCAUUUUCAAAAUUAUAACGUUCAUCACUUAUUAUUAUUUUCAUUUUAUUAUGGUUUUUCGGAUUUAAUAAGAACAAGAAGACCUUAUGUUAAUCUUGAAUCUACACUUAAUAGAACAAUAGAAAAUAAUAAAUCCAUAUAUAUGUACCGAACAAAUUCGUAUACAAAUUUCCACCUUGCUGCAGACAAAAGAAUAGCAUUAAAUACAGUACAUCAAGAAUUAGCCAAAUUUAUAUAUAAAGAAGCAAUACAAUAUAGAUAUCUGAACCCGUAUAAAACAUAUAAAGAUCGAGAAAAUACAACAACAUUUAUAUAUAAUAAUAAUAAUAAUAAUAAUAAAGAUAAUAUUAUAUUUAAAUUUAAUGAAGAGAAAGAAAAGGAACUCAUAGAUUUAAUCAUAAUUAAUAAAAAAGAACCUAUUUAUAAUAAAAAAGAUAUAAAAGAAAUUAUAAUCUUUGUUCAAAUAAUGGUUGAAAAUUUUAUAUAUAUUUUAAACAAUUAUCCAUCUAGUUUUAGCUUAAGUAAACAUUCUUCAUAUUACAAUAAUUUUAUUAAAAAUGUUAAACAAUAUUUCUUUUCUUAUAAAAAAGAAAAUAAUGUUAUAUAUCUAAUAAGUCAGAGAGAUAUUGAUUUCAACAUUUCUUCUAUAUUACAUAUAAGUGAGAAAUCUACUGUUAUGAAUAUUUUAAAAAAUAUUAUAAAAUUUAUUUUUCUAGCUGCUACUAGAUCAUAUGAUGUGGACCCAUUUGUACAAAAAGUAUUAAAUAUAAAUCAAAAUAGUACACAUAAUUUAAAAGAGCAUUAUUCAAAGGAAAAACAAAAAUAUGUAAAUUUAAAAAGUACAUAUGCAUUCAUACAAAAAAAUUAUAAUGUACGUAGUAUUAAACAAUGUUUUAAAAACUGUUUAAAAAAAACAAAAAAUAUAUUUAAUAAAAUUUCUAAGGUUACUAAAAAUAGGAAUCCAUCUGUAACAUAUAAACGUUUUGAUGUCCAACCUCCUUUAAAUGAUGAUUACCUAGAUUCUGUAUUUUUUAAAAAAAAAGAACAAUCAAAAGGAAAUAAUAUAGGUACAAAAAAGAUUAAGAAUAAAAAAAAUGAUAAGGUUAUAAAAAAUAUGUAUAUACAUGAACAACCAUUUUUGUCGAAACUAAAAAUGAGAUGUGCUAUAAUGCAGAAAAAAUUAUCCAUGUCUAUGAAAAAAAAAAAAAAUAAUAAAAAUUAUAAUGAUCAUAAUUAUUUUAGUGAUGAAAAUAAUCCAUAUAGUUGUGAUUAUGUACCACCUCCGAAUGAUAAGCAAGCAAGUCGAGAAUAUGAAAAACCAAUAAAUAUAAAAAUACAUAGGAAAAAAGAACCAAAUGAAAAUAAAUAUCAUAAUACAGAUCAACAAAUAAUAAAUGAUAAUAACUAUUAUUUAUCUACUAAUAAAUUAAAUGAUACACAACAAAAUAGAUAUCAAGGUACAAAACCAGUUAAUCAGGGUAAAUAUAUUGAAAAAAAUAUUAUAAAUGAAAAACUUAACAGAUAUCAAAAAAAUUAUUUUGAUGAAAAAAAUAAUUUGAGUCAUGCCAAAUUUGAACAACAGAUACAAAAAGAGAAAAUAAUAAAUAAUGAAAGAAUAAGAAAUAAUAAUGAAGAUAGAAUAAAUAGAAACGGAAUAAUGAAUCAUAAAUAUUUGUAUAAUUCUUCAUAUAUUAAUAGAGGUAUAGAUGGAAAUGAUAGAAAUAUUAGAAACAUUAAUGAUCAUAAUGGUACAUAUAUUGAUGAGAGGCAAGAAAAUAAACCAAAUUUAGACAUAAGAAAAAAUUUAUAUAAUAUGAAAAAUAAAAAGGAAAAAAAAAGUGAUAAUAUUAAUAAAUAUAGUUUUACACAAUUUGUUCAAGUGAAUGAUAAUAUACAUAAAAAUAAUAAUAAUAUUAAUAAUACAAUAAAUGUUAUUCCUAAAAAUAGUACAACAAAAUUUACGACGUUAAGAAGAUUUUUAGGUACUCGAAUGAACAAUUUAUAUUCUAAAUUAAAAAGUGAAUUAUUUUCAUUUACAUUAAUAAAUAGUUAUAACUUUUUUUUACGAAAUAGUAUAUAUUUUUAUCGUAGUAAUAUGUUCACAAAAUAUAUUACCUAUUAUGCAAAAAGAAAUGUAAUACAAAGUUUAGAUAUGCUAUUUUUGAUAGUAAGAGAUUAUGAAUUAAAUACUUCUUUAACAAAUACAUAUUCUAUAAAACAUAGUUUAUUUAAUAUAUGUUUAUUUAAAUUACAAAACAUAUCUAUAAAUUUUAAAAAUAUAUUAAAUAUUAUAGAUGAACAAAAAAUGGAUACAAUACUAUCAGGAGCAAUAUCUAUUAUACAUAUGUACUAUACUGGAAAUAUAAAGUUUAUAGAAGAUUUAAUUAAUAAAAUAAAUAUAAUUUUAUCUAAAAAUUUUAUUUUAAAAAAAUUAUUUACUGAUUUUAUUUCUUAUGUUACCAUUUCAUCAAUACAAACUUUUAUAUUACAUUUUCAUUCAAAAUAUAAAAAAAAAGUACUUAAUUCCUUAAUUUCAUUUUUAAAUAAUAUAUCUGGUACAAUCUCAAGUAUACUAAGUGAACCUUUUUUUCAGUCAUAUAUAUGUACCAAUUUUAUAAAACUUGGAGAAUCAUUUAUUAGUGAGUUUAAUGCAGAAAAUACAGUAUAUGCAUUUUUUAUGGAUGUAGCAGAAAUUAAUUUUAUUGAUAUUAUUAUAGCUUAUGCUUACCAUUUCUUCCCAAAGGCAGUAAAUGAUUUUACGCAAACGUCAUAA